GCUUUGGUGAAUCUGAUGAAUCGCACUAUCGCAUAGAUGCAUGUAUCUGGCUAUAUGUCACCCUAAAACAGACCGACCAAAUCAACCAAACGCACCCUGUAACCCCACCCGAUCUCAGCUCCAACUCUCACUGGCCGAGCCGCCCGUUCCAGGCGCGCUCACCGUUUUACGCGCGCUCGCCAUUGGCUGAUGGUGACGACAAUCCCACACCCAACUCCCACCUCCUGAGGCAGGCAUCAAGUUUAGGAGACCGGGGCAGCUCUAGUUUGUAAAAGGGGCUGUAGCUCAAUGUGCAGCGGAGACUCCUAAGUCUUACUGGCUUUCUAGUUUUGUUUUUUGGGGGCUCAAAAGGAAGCUAGGAACUAUAAACCCUUCGUUCACAAUCCGAGAUGGAUAUGAAGAAGAGAAUUCAUCUGGAGUUGCGAAACCGGACGCCGUCAGACGUGAAAGAACUUGUACUUGAUAACUGUCGGUCAAAUGAAGGUAAAAUCGAAGGCCUCACAGAUGAGUUCGAGGAACUGGAAUUUUUAAGCACAAUCAACGUAGGCUUAACUUCAGUCGCCAACUUACCGAAGCUCAACAAACUUAAAAAGUUGGAGCUCAGUGAUAACAGAAUCUCAGGUGGUUUGGAGGUCCUGGCAGAGAAAUGUCCCAACCUUACCCAUCUCAACCUCAGCGGCAACAAAAUCAAAGACCUCAGCACCAUCGAACCACUGAAAAAAUUGGAAAGCCUGAAAAGUUUAGACCUGUUUAACUGCGAGGUGACAAACCUGAACGACUACAGAGAAAACGUCUUUAAGCUGCUGCCUCAGUUGACGUAUCUUGAUGGCUAUGACAAAGAGGAUAAAGAGGCACCUGACUCUGAUGCAGAGGCCUAUGUGGAGGGCCUGGAUGAUGAUGAGGACGAUGAUGAUGAAGUAGAAGAGGAGGAGUAUGAUGAAGAUGCAGCUCCAGGAGAUGAAGAUGAAGAAGAAGGUGAAGACGAGGAUGAGGAGGAAGGAGAAGAGGAAGAGGAGGAUGAUGUCAGUGGAGAGGAAGAGGAAGAAGAAGACUUAAACGAUGGAGAAGUUGAUGAUGAAGAUGACUUUGAAGAGGAGCGAGGUCAGAAGAGGAAAAGGGAGUUGGACGAGGAAGGCGAGGAGGAUGAAGACUGAACAUGCACUCUCGGGUCCCCAUUCGUGAUCUGACUGUUUUAACCCUCUAUUUCUAUGUCCUAAUGUUGUUUUGCGGUGGUAUGGGGGGAGGUAUGCAAGUGGUAGGGGUGGGGUAGUAAGCGGACAAGGACACAGUUUAAAAAUGCUUUAUUUUUAUUUUUUUGAUGUUUUGUUUUUCAUUUGUUUUUGAUUUGUAUUGAGUUGUUUUUUGGAUUUAUUUUAUUUUAAUUUUAUUUGUUAGGAUUGUUCCCCUCCCCUUUCGUUUUCUCCCAAAACCUCUACAGAUGGCUGGCAACACAGUAGUGGAAAUUUUCCUAUUGUCACACACAGAAAAAUGAGUUUGCUCUUUUUAUUUUAUUUUAUUUUAUUUUUUCUUCCUUCUUUAAUUUAAUUUUAUUUGUAUUUUUCUCUUUACUGUUGAUGCCUAAAUGCUCCUACAGAUUGCUGGGUAUGACUUAUGUAUUUAAAAGACAAAAAAAUACCAAAAACCUUUUAAAACAGCAUGUCUGGCUCUAUUUUAAAGUUGACUACUGGAUUUCAAGAGCGAGCGUUUCUUUUCGUACCCACUUAAUUUUUUCUUUUGAUCGCAUUUUAUUUUUUCUAUCACACCUUUUAUUUGUGUACACUGCGUCUAUCUUUUAGUGUCGUCAUCUUUUUCAUCGUGUGACGUGCUGUUUAGGCAUGGAGGAGGCAUCCGGAAAAUCUGCUUGAACGUGCACAGUACAACCUCUCAAUGUGAUUUAUUGAUUUCUAUUUUUAUUUUUAUUUUUAUUUGAAUGUUUAGAGCCGAAUGUCUGCCCUUGUCAAACGAACCCCCUUAAACCCCUUCUCCUCCUCGCGUGGGUAGUUCAGAGGUUUUCGUGUUCUUUGUAAAUAAUGACCAAAUAUAUUUUUUUCUAUUCCCUUUGAUAAUGGCAGACAUUUUCACAAUUAAUCUCAGUUGUAACCAUUAACUGUAAUAAAACGAAUGAAAACACA